CGCUAGAUAUUGUAAUACUUACAAAUGUUGUCUACUGUCUCUCUACCAUAGGUACCAAUAUUGUUAUUAUGAACCUUAGUUGCCAUUUGAAGGUGAUCAUUUGUGAUACUGCAACCUCCCUGUUUACAUUUUGAUGCUAGUUUCCCAUGUGUAUGUACUAGUUAACGUCCUGAUAUGCUUCUUAGUCUGGUUAUCAAGGUUGAGUUUCACUUGAUUCAUUGUUUGGGUUUAAGUUUUCUCUCAUGACAAACUGAUGCCUUCUUUUUCUUAUUUCUUAGCUGUAGUUGCAGUACCAUUUUGGUGGUGAAAGAUUGAUUUUGUUUAUGGUGGUUAUGAUUGAUCAGAUUGGAAAUGACUAUAUGCUGUGUCUUACCUACUCAACUUGUUGUCUAUUUUCUUUUUGGUUGCCAUGUUUGCUUGUUGUAUGUUUGUGACUUUGUACCACAACUUUCAAAUUGUAUAGCUAGUCUGUGACUCUGUAUCAUGGAGCCCCUGGAAUCCAUAUAAUUUUACGUGAGAUUUUUAGAGGUUAUACAUGGUUCUAUGUGCACACCUAUAUAUGUGGAUCUAAUUGUCUUCCCUGAGUUUGUCAGCCUUGUCUUGAUCUGAAAAUUGCAUUUUCUUAAGCAAUGCAAGUGAUUGUAGUCCUGCUAGUUUAGGAUCUAACUUUAUCGUGAGAUCUCCUUCUGCUUUCACUAUACAUAAGAUUCUUGUAUGACUACUAUAUAAUUCCUUAAUUGCAUACUUCAGUUACAAUCGUUUUUUUGAUUCCUUUGUUGAUCAUGUUUUCACAUGCCUUGGUUAUUUAUUUCAGACAUAUUUGUUAAGGUGUUAAUAAAGUUGUAGUCCAUUGCGUCCAUUGUCACAGGUAGGGGUUAGGGUUGUCAAUUGGUCGGACAUAUUAACAACCUGAAUCUGAAACCAUUACUUUGUUCCGGUGAAGAAAGCCAUAUCAGAUUAUUAACUGGAUUUGCAUUUGGUACGAGGUUUCACUACUAAAUCUGAACUUGAGUUCGAGACCUGACUGGGAUCAAAUAAAGAUCCACCCAGAUUGCAUGAACUCAGAAAUUGUGCAAGUUUUGUCUGGAUACAAUUUUAAAAUUAGGUUUGUUUCCAAAUCAAAAUUUGAAUACUAAGGUCUGAUAAGUGCAAUUCCAUAAAGCUUGUGAUCUGACCUUAAUACAAAUUGUUUGCAUCCCUAGUACAGAGAGUUACAUCAGUUGAUUUUAUUUGGUGAUCUUACCUUGCUGCAGUAAUAGUAUGGCAGCAGAAAUAGACAUGUCAAAUAUUGAUAUUGUUGAUCCAAUCUAUGAACCAUUUGCCCACGCCUUGAGAAGCCUCUUAAAAUUGUUCACAUAUCUAUCACCAAAUAAGGGACAAUUUAUAUUGCACUUUUUUUUUGAACUGCAAUAAACAUUUGAAAUAUUAUGCUAUUCCAAUGGAAGUCCUUUUACCUGCUGAAUGCAAGUUCCCUUCAAUUUCUCCCUUUCCACUCAUUCAUUGCUUCUGCUUCCUGUGCUUCUUGAUUUUUCUUCCAUCUUGGGCAACUUUGGUCUGACACUUCAUGUAAGGGUUUCUUCAAUACAGUAAGAAUUUCAGACUCUUGGCCAUUUAUUCCAUAGCCACAAAUAUCAUAGUAUUUUUGAAAAUAUCGCGAUAUUAAUGAAAAAAACAAAGAAAAUGAUAAAACGAGAGAAUAUCCCUAUUUAUUAAUUUAUUAAAAAAUGGUAGAAAUGAAUUUAUCGCUAUUUUAAUGCGAUUUAUCGUAAUUUUUCAUUUACUUUUUUAUUUCAUUUUCUGUUUUUAUUUUUUUCAACUUUUGUUUAAUUGUUUUAUUUCCUCUUUGUUUUAGGUAUUUAACAUGACCUCCUAAAUGCAAUACAAUACUUGUUAGUUUUUCAUUUCUUGAAUUUUUACCUAACAUUCUGAUUUUUUUUUUAUUUUUUUUUUAAAAUUGAGGCUUUCCCGAGAUUUUUCCCAAAAAAAUGACUUUGCCGACAAAUAUCCAAGAAAAACCUCGCCGAUAAAAACCCGAGAACGAUAUUUGUGGCUAUGAUUUAUUCCAUUUUGGCAUUUUCUUAAUGACAGCUUAUGUCCAGCACAUCAAAUUAGGAAGUUAUGUGAGCUAUGCUAUAUAAGUUUUUCAUUGUGUAUUCUUGAACUGGUUAUUUUUGCUUAUACAAAAGUCAUACAGAAAGAGCACACAAGAGCGGAAUUACAUUGAUCAUGCCACAUGCUUGAAGUUAAAUUAUCAAGCAUGCACCAUAUGAACUCUAUCUGAUUCAGCACAUGUGGAUCCGAGGGUUCUGUCUUGAGAUACCAUCUGUAAAACUAACUUCGUAAAAUCAGUUGUGUUCAAAGACGUACUCCAAGGCAGCAUUCAUAUGCAUGAGUCUCAUAUGGUGUCCAGAAAAUGACUUGAGUUUGCCUUGGCGAUUGACAUACACAGUUACACUAGUUUCUAUCUUAAGUUUCAGGUUUAAGCUGCCUCCAGAGAGACUGUGGAUCAGUGUUUUUCAGGAUGACGAUGAAGCAUUUUCCAUAUGGCACAAAGAAGUUGGUGUCCCAGCUGAACGAAUUAAAAGGAUGGGUGAAGAUGACAACUUUUGGAAGAGUGGGGUUACUGGUCCAUGUGGUCCUUGCUCAGAGAUAUAUUAUGAUUUCCAUCCAGAAAGAGGCUGUUUGGAUGUUGAUUUAGGGGAUGAUAGCAGAUUCCUUGAAUUCUAUAAUUUGGUAUUCAUGCAAUAUAACAAGACAGAUGAUGGAACACUUGAGCCAUUACUGCAGAAGAACAUAGACACAGGAAUGGGUCUUGAACGCAUGGCUCGGAUCCUUCAGAAGGUUCCUAAUAACUAUGAAACUGACUUGAUCUAUCCUAUCAUAGAGAAGGCAGCAGAGUUGGCCAGAGUUGCAUAUCCUGAAGCCAAUGAACAGACAAAGACCCAUCUUAAGAUCAUUGGAGACCAUAUGCGUGCAGUGGUCUACCUUCUGUCGGAUGGUGUUUUGCCGUCAAAUCUAGGCAGGGGUUAUGUUGUCCGUAGGCUCAUCAGGAGAGUUGUCCGAACUUGUAGGUUGCUUGGUAUAAGAGAUGGCAGGGAUGAAUCUGAGGGAGCUUUUCUGCCAGAAAUUGCUGGGAAAGUCAUAGAAUUGAGCUCUGAUAUAAAUCCAGAUGUAAAGGAUAGAUCUGCUCAUAUUCUUGAGGAACUGAAAAGAGAAGAGCUGCGAUUUGUCCAGACGCUAGAAAGGGGAGAAAAACUGCUAGACCAACUCCUAGAAAAUGCUUUGGCAGGUGCUGCUGGUAAUGGAAGCACUAGACCUUGCUUGUCAGGGAAGGAUGUAUUCCUUUUGUAUGACACAUUUGGGUUUCCUGUUGAAAUUACGAGUGAAAUUGCUGAGGAACGAGGUGUCUCCCUUGAUAUGGUGGGUUUUGAUCUUGAAAUGGAAAACCAACGGCAACAAUCUCAGGCUGCUCACAAUGCUGUCAAGCUGUCAGUUGCAACUGCUGUUUCAGAACUAACAUGCAUUCCCGAUACUGAAUUUUUAGGAUAUGAAACCCUUUCUGCAAAGGCAACAGUUCAAGGCUUGCUAUUGGACGGGAAACCUGCAAAAGAGGCUUUAGAAGGAAAUGAAGUAGAAGUUUUACUAAACAGAACGCCCUUUUAUGCAGAAUCAGGUGGUCAAGUUGGAGAUUGUGGAUUUCUUUAUGUCUUAGGCACUGGAGACACUGCCAAAAGUAUUGUGGAGGUCAAAGAUGUUAAGAAGUCCAAUGGGAGUCUUUUUGUGCAUAAAGGCAUUGUUAAGCAGGGCCUUGUUGUGGUUGGUAAGGACGUUGAUGCUGCAGUUGAUGCAAAUCUGAGAAAUCGUGCAAGGGUUCACCAUACUGCUACACAUCUGCUGCAAUCAGCUCUGAAGUUGACCAUAGGUGAAGCUACAUCACAAGCAGGUUCAUUGGUGGACUUUGAUCGCCUGAGGUUUGACUUUAAUUUUCAUCGCCCGCUUUCUGAGCAUGAGAUACUGGAAGUUGAAGGACUUGUAAACCGAUGGAUUAGUGAUGCUACUCCUCUGCAGACACAAGUCAUGCCUCUUGUUGAAGCCAAAAGGGCUGGGGCUAUUGCAAUGUUUGGUGAGAAGUAUGAAGAUCAGGUGCGAGUAGUAGAAGUUCCUGGGGUAUCUAUGGAACUUUGUGGAGGGACACAUGUCACCAAUACUUCAGAGAUACGAGCAUUUAAAAUUGUUUCAGAACAAGGGAUUGCUUCUGGAAUUAGGCGCAUUGAGGCAGUAGCUGGUGAAGCAUUUUUUGAUUAUGUAAAUGUUCGAGACAAUGUGUUAAAGAAUUUAAGUACCACCCUGAAGGUUAAAGCUGAGGAGGUAACUACAAGAAUUGAAAAUCUCAUGGAAGAGCUCAAACAAGCUAGAAAUGAAAUUUCAGCUUUACGGGCUGAAGUAGCCGUAUGUAAAGCAUCCAUUAUCGAAAGCCAAAGUUUUACAUGUGGUACUCCUGCAACUAGAAUUCUCAUUGAAAGCAUGGAUGAUCUUGAUGCUGAUUCACUGAAGACUGCAGCAGAGUUUCUCAUCAACAAAUUAGAAGAUCCUGCAGCGGUGGUUUUGGGUUCUUGUCCUGGAGAGGGGAAGGUGAGUUUGGUUGCAGCUUUUAGUCCCAAGGUUGUUGAACAAGGGAUACAGGCCGGCAAGUUUGUAGGGAAGCUGGCUAAAAUAUGUGGUGGAGGCGGUGGUGGCAGGCCAAAUUUUGCACAGGCAGGUGGAAAAAAGCCAGAGAACUUACCUCAGGCAUUAGAAGCAGCAAGGACUGAGAUUUUGUCUCUGUUAUCCAAAAGUGUAAAAUAAGUUGCAGGAGCAUAUGUAAUAUCUAUCUUGAAUAUUUGAGUGGUUCACAUGUUCACAUGGGUCAUGGGUGUAGAAAGUUAGCAUCAAACUAUGGUUUUGCAAUGUCACCCGAAUGUAUACGUGCAUAAAUGAUGUCGCUACAUUUAUUGAUUUAUAUGAAUUUGUCAGAGAAAGACUACUAUCAGAUUAGUUA